UACGUCAUCACGUUACUACUCGGCUACGCGCUUGGCUAAAAUGCUAAGCUAAGCGGUUCUUUCGCUUCUUCCCUCUGUUGUUCUUUAUAAAAACAAGGACAAGAAAACGCUGGACAAACAUCUUAAUGAAAUAAAGAGGGUUCUUCUUGGUGGUUUUUUACUUCACGGGCUUGGUCGCCAUGGCUUUGCAGCCGGGUCCCGAGGAGUUAGGGGAACAAGUGGUGGAAGAACCGGAGGAUAUGGAAGAUCAGGACGCUAGCAGUAUCUCCCCAGCCGAGGAGAUAACGCUGCCAGUCGGCCAGGGGGGCGAAGAUGAGUCGGAGCCGCUGCUACUGCCUUGGGACCGCUUCUCAGCCUGGCUGCAUUGCAUAUGUGUGGUGGGCUUCGACCUGGAGCUGGGCCAGGCGGUGGAGGUUAUAUACCCUCAUCACUCGAAGCUGUCUGAGAAGGAGAAAACAAGUAUCUGCUAUUUGUCGUUCCCUGACUCCAACUCCGGUUGCCUUGGCGACACCCAGUUCUGCUUUCGUUUCCGCCAGGGCUCCAACAGGAAGUCCUCACUGGGCUGCUUCCUUGAGACCGCUGAUAGAGAUGCACCUGUCAGUCUGAAGCGGGACCAGGGUCAUUACUAUGGUUACGUGUACUUCCGUCAAGUACGGGACAAGUCUCUGAAGAGAGGAUACUUCCAGAAGUCUCUAGUGCUUAUCAGCCGCCUCCCCUACGUCACCUUCUUCCACUCCCUGCUCAAGAUCCUGGCUCCGGAGUACUUUGACAAGCUGGAGCCCUGCCUAGAAGCUGCUUGUAAUGACAUAGACCGCUGGCCAACGCCCCAUCCUGGUCGAGUUCUGAGUCUGCCGAUCAUGGGCGUGGUAAUAAAGGUUCGCAUCCCGACUUGCUACGACAAACCGGGUACUUCACAGCUGGUCCAGUCAACACAGACUGACAGCCAAGUGUCUAUCGUCCUACCCACCAUCCACGAGGUGGACCUCUUCAGGUGUUUCCAUCCAGUGUUUUUCCACAUCCAGAUGUUGUGGGAGCUGGUGCUGCUAGGGGAACCCCUGGUUGUCAUGGCACCGUCGCCGGCCGAGUCGUCUGAUACUGUGCUGGCGUUGAUCAGUUGCCUCUCUCCCCUGCGGUACUGCAGUGAUUUCCGUCCCUACUUCACCAUCCACGACAGCGAGUUUAAAGAGUACACCACCAGGACCCAGGCCCCCCCCUCUGUCAUCCUAGGAGUGACCAAUCCCUUCUUUGCCAAGACGCUGCAGCACUGGCCUCACAUCGUACGCAUAGGAGACAUGAAGCAAGAAGGAGAGAUGGCCAAGCAGAUGAAAGUCAGGAAACUAAAGAACCUGAAAACUCUGGACUGCAAAACAGGGGUGUACAGUGCAUUCAAGCCCUUCCUCAAUAAAGACGAAGACAUCCUAAAACAACUUCAGAAGGGUGUCCAGCAAAAAAGGCCGUCAGCAGCUCAGAAUGCAAUUCUCCGUCGCUACUUCCUGGAACUGACGCAAAGCUUCAUCAUUCCUCUGGAGCGCUACGUAGCUAGUCUCAUGCCCCUCCAGAAGUCCAUCACUCCAUGGAAAAGCCCUCCUCAGCUCCGCCCCUUCCUGCAGGACGAGUUCAUGAAGACCCUGGAGAAGGCGGGGCCUCAGCUCACCUCCAGACUGAAGGGAGACUGGAUUGGUCUGUACAGACAGUUCCUCAGGUGUCCUAACUUUGAUGGCUGGUUCCGGAACAGGAAGAGAGAGAUGAGCCAGAAGCUGGACGCCCUACACCUAGAGGCCCUGUGUGAGGAGGACCUACAGCUGAGGACUCUGGAGCAUACAGAGGUGGAGAAAGUGGACCUGGUCCUCAAGCUCAAAGACAAACUGACGCAGGCAGAGAAGAACCAUCUCCCUGUGCGUCCAGGGACGGUGUCCAAACUUCAGGCCCACAUCGAAGCCAUCAUCUUGGGCUUACCGGAGGACCUGCAGGGCAUCCUCCACAGACCCUCCACUCCCUGACAUCUCCAGCCUCCGAGGCCCCCCUCAUGUAAAACGGACAACACUACAUGGAGAAGCCAUCUUCUCUGUAGAAGCUUUUAACCGUCGAUACAAACAGUGGAGACCGUCUGAACUGCGACCUAUUGAACUUUGACCCCUUGACUUUCAUGUGAAGAAAGCAGGCUGUACUCCAGUCACAUGGUUUUAAGUGAACCUGUGCGCUGGGCUUCAGCCGUUAUCACACGCAGCACACAGCGUGCUUUGGAUAACAAAGCGCUGGCACAUGGAGUAUCAGAAUCUCCUCUUUUUUUAAUGAAAACUCUCUUGCAACAGGAGCCAAUUAAAACCAUUAGUUGGGGUCCAAUGAACAUGCUUUCCCUUAUCCUCCCUUAAGCAAUAAUAGAGAAUUUCUUCUUUACAUUCAGAUCUUGGUCCUCACUAAUAUUUGACAUAAAAUACAUUCGAAAAGUAUUCAACAAUUUUAUUUUUUACUUUAUUUGAUAAAGGUUUUGGUGCUAACAAUAUUAUUUUUUGGGAAAGAUAGGAAUCAGUUUGAAAAGGAUCUGUGCCUUAUUCAAGAAAACCGUACACAACCAGUAUGACCGCAGGAUACACACAACAAUCUGUCUGUUACUCAACAAAAAAAUUGUCCAGGCCAGGGGUCUCAAACUCAAUUUACCUGGGGGCCGCUGGAGGUAGAGUCUAGGUCAGGCUGUGCCACAUCAAGUAUUCCACAAAAAAAAGUAGCACAACUGACCCAAUCUAAGUUAAUGAUCAGGCUAUAAUUAGAUCAUCUUGGCUAUGUAAUCGCUGACAACAGGGGACAUUUCAUAGUGGUUGGUGGAAACCGGGACAUUUAAGCUUCCUUUGGCUUUUGUCGGGACCCAGGGCACGCAACUCAAAAUUGGGACUGUCCCGGCAAGACUGGGACAUCUGGUCACCCUAUCACAAGUGAUUAAAAAAGCGUGGCAAGCGACUCAGCAAAAAUGUGUGUUUGACAACAACGCGCGGGCCACACUAACACUAAACUUUUCUUAUGUAGGGGGCCACAAAAUAUCACCCCGCGGGCCUCGAGUUUGAGACUCCUGGUCUAGACCAAUACUCCCAUAUUAAUAACAUGCUUUUAAAUUAACCACCCACAUACUAAAUGUAUUAGGAAUAUUAACAGUAAAGAUGUAUACAUAUUUAAGAAUCAUGUGUAAUGUAUGAAAGCCCAACUUACCUUCACGUAAAACCACUAAGGAAAAGCAGGUAAACUUAACAUUUGGUUCUUUGGCAGCCAUCAAAUCUUUAAAUGUGUAAAUAUAGUUCACAUGUUUCUAUGGUGGGUGCAUUGUGCAGAAUAGGUGUAAAUAAAUGUCUACAAUAAUAUGUACUAAACUAUUUUGCUACUUUGGAAGUUUUUACUAUUGCAAUCAUGGAUGGACUUAUUUUUAGUUUAUCCAUGCAGGCUAUUAGCUUGCUGUCACUACCAGCUGUGCUAAUAUAAACAUGUGCACCACAAUACCCAUUGAUCAAUACUAAUGUUUGAAUUGUGUGUUGCAGUUAUUGAUAUGGUGUGUUAAUAGACUCGGUUUCAUAUCCAGUUAUGACAGAAGUAACCAGUGUACCAUUGAUUCAGGAAUUCUACCAGAAUAUUUUCCAAUGGCAUGUGAUUUCAAAUGUUCAGUCACUGUGUUCCUUGCAGAAGCACAACUCGUUCGCAUUAAAGCAGUCCAAUCGAACGUUUA